AUGACAACCUUUUUUGAUGAUAUAAAACCAAAGGAUCAAAAAAUAGAUAAAUCUUUAUUUAUUCUUUCAGUUAAAGAAUAUGCGUGCUUAUAUAAUAAGCACCAUCAUUUAUAUAAAAAUAAUAAUUACAAGAACAAAGUUUGGUUAUUAUUAGCUGAAGAGUAUAAGACGACUGGAACAUCUCUCAAAUCUCUUUGGAAAAAUUUGAGAGAUUGUUUUAUUAAAGAGAGACAAAAGAUAGUGAAAUUGAAAAGUGGGUCUGCUGCAGACCAUCAUAUCACCUGGCCUUUCUAUCAGGAUAUGCUAUUCCUGGUAGAAACCUUAACACCUAGGUCUCAAAAGUCCUCUUUAGAUAAAGAGGACUCUAAUUCUAUAGAGGUUACUAAUAUUUUUAGUGAAAUGAUAGGAGAGAUAGAUGAAUGUGAUUACAUUGAUACUGACAAUACAUCAGAUGUUAUAGUUAUUAAUAAAGAUUCUGUAACACCAAAUCUUAAUGAUUCUGAAUCUAUACCCUGUGUUGCAUCUUGUUCGUAUUAUAAAAAUCCUAAGAGAAAGAAUAAUCAUAUGGAUGAAUUUAGAACAUCUAUAUAA